UGAAGGAGCUUGGGACUUCUAUUGGGCGGAUGUUUGGUGGAUGAAGGAAAUCUUUGAUCGGGCAUAUUUGGAGGACCAAAUGAGAAUAAACCAUUUCAGAAAUCAUUAUGAGCUCACUCGGAAAAAUCUGAUGGUGAAAAAUUUGAAGCGAUUACGUCGACAGUUGGAACGAGACUGCGGAAAAGCUGAGGCUCAAAAAUGUGAUUUUUUUCCUUCAACAUUUGAACUUCCUUCUGAGUACCACAUAUUUGUUGACGAGUUUCGGAAAAGUCCUGGCUCCAUAUGGAUCAUGAAACCAAUUGCCAAAUCUCAGGGCAAAGGCAUUUUCCUUUUCAAACGGCUGAAAGAUAUCACAGACUGGAAGAGGGGUGUAGAAUAUCAGCCUCAACUUCUCUCCCCUGAUGGAACAUCUCAAGCAAUAGAAACCUAUGUGGUGCAGCGGUACAUUGAGAACCCUUAUCUGAUUGGUGGACGCAAGUUUGACAUCAGGGUCUAUGUUUUGGUGACGUCUUAUAACCCUUUGAAAGUCUGGCUGUAUAGAAGUGGUUUUGCGCGUUUUGCAAACUUUCGUUAUUCUCUAGCAACUAUUGAUGAUAACUACAUCCAUCUGACAAAUGUUGCAAUACAGAAAACUGCUCCUGACUAUGAUCCAGAGAAAGGCUGCAAAUGGUCUAUUCAGCAGCUGCGCAAAUACCUCACAGGCAAACAUGGCCAACAGAAGAUAAAUUGCCUGUUUCAACAGAUGACAAAUAUAUUUGUGCUCAGCCUCCAGUCCUGCCAGCGUGUCAUCAUCAAUGACAAGCACUGUUUUGAGCUGUAUGGCUAUGACAUUCUCAUUGAUUCAGAUCUCAGGCCAUGGCUGAUUGAAAUCAAUGCUUCUCCCUCGCUGACUGCCAGCAAUAAAGAGGAUUAUGAUUUGAAAUUUGGGCUGCUAAAUGACGUCCUAAAUGUGCUGGACUUGGAGAACAGACUGACGGGCAGAGAAAAGAGGAUUGGUUUGUUUGACCUCAUGUGGGAUGAUGGACCCGUGUAUUCAGAAGAAGGAGGAAUUGAAGAUGUCAUCAGCUCUUACACAUCCGCAGCCAACUCUAACUUAGGUUUGGAGAUCUACCAGAAUGCUGAGUCCUUGAAGAAGGCAACAUCAGCCAAUGUAUAG